AUGAAGAAUACACCGCAGAUUGUCAUAACGAUCCUUUGCUUUAUCACGGUUGUAUUCAUCCCUCUGAUUGUACUAAUCACAUGGCCAAAGGAUUCAUCGGGUGGAUGGCAGGUGGGACAAACGGGCGAUGAUGAGUGGCAGGUGGAACACGUUGGAGGCAUGGGGUUUGAUAAGAUGAACUCGAAUGUCUAUCUGACAUCAAGUGCUACAAGCGGAGGCAACGCUACAACUGCCAGAUGCUUGAUUCGAAUGCUUUCCUUCUCUGCAGAGACUGGGUUUGCAUCGGUAAAUCAUCGUGUCUUUCCAAGAAGUAGUACUUGGCCAGAUGAUUAUACAUGUCCUGGAGAUCCAAGAUGUAUACUGCGGAGGCAUCUGCAGGAAGAUUUUCAGCAAGUGGAUGAAACUAGUUAUCCAUACACAUGUUCCAACAUAUAUAUUGAAAAUGACAAAGCUGUCAUUCUGGGUCGUCUGUCGCACGAAUCAGCAGAGUCAACGCCUCAUGGUGGAUUGGUGAUGGUGAUGAAGCUGGAUUCGAACAAAAUUGGUGGAACCGAAACGCAGGAAUUCAGACUGCGCGAAGAACCGUUGGUGGCUGCACUCGAUGGUGAAGAUAUAUUAUACCUGACUUCACACUCACACUCUACCCCGAGAUCAAUAAAUCUGUUCCGCUAUUUUCAUUCCGAAGGUACCUGGAAAUUUGAUUGGAGAACCAAUCACGUGGUAUCGGGACAUGGCGAAGGGACAUAUAUUGCGAGUCUGAAUGUAAUUCUUGGGGGCCAGUACUUGAUCCUUUCUGGCAGUAACGCUCAAGACCAUGAUCAUAGUUCGGGGCAUUUUGGAGUCUAUGAUGCAAGAGAUGGAUCCAUCGUGGAAGACGUUCAUGGCAGCAGCAGUGUCCUCCAAGAACCAAAUGCCCAAAAGCACGAUAUUGAGUGUGUCUGCGUUGAUGAACAACAGUCAGACGAGAGCGUUGCGAUUCUGUAUCGAGCAUCUACCGUCAGCUUAAACGGCAAGACUUUCUCGAUCGUGAACAAACUUCGACUCGAAAAGGACAUUGAAAGUCAGCAACUGCGGCAGUCUCAUAUUUGGACGGAGGAAAUCAUGCACGCUUCCAUGGAAAAGUGCCAAGUAGCAAACGAAGCUUUGAUCCUGGCUGGAUACGCCCACAGUCACAGUACCGGUGCGGCCCUUACCAUUUCGAAGCAUUCCACGUUGAACGGGGGCAUCCUAUGGACCACAAAACAAUCGACUGAUGUUCGAUUGGCGUUGGCAGACAUUGUGAUGGACAAUCAAAACAAUGUUCUAGUUUACGGGCAAGUAAGCAAAGACGACGAUCGCAGUGAUAAUGUUGUACUGCAGGCUCUCGACGGGUCUACUGGAAAGGUUUUGGCGCAGAGCAACAGCCCACCAAUGGUUGCGACGCAAAGGGGAUCUGCGAGCAGUCCACGCGGUAGAUCUUGGGACAUUGUGUCUCGCGAAGAGCUUAUAUCCAACUACCAGUUUCCAAUGACAAUUCUAAUUGUUGGAUUGAUAGUCUCUAUACUUUUGGUUCUAUGCAUGGCUGCCAGCUACCGUGAAAGUGCCAAGGAACAAGAGAGAAAAACGUUCCAAAAACGAAUCAUGAACGUAUUCUCUUAUCUGAAGCCCUUCGAAGCGACAGAAGUCGACCUUCAGCAAUCGCCAACAGGCGGUUUCAAUGGCACGUACACCGAUGAACUUGUCAACAAAGAAUCCGAAACCGAAAAGGUUAGUGUGCUGCAAGACUCCGCCAGUAAACCCCUGUCAGCUCGACUGUAA